AUGAGGCCCAUUGUCGUUCGGCUUCCUCCGUCGACGUUCGAUCCCCUUGCCGCGACGUCUGCCCCCGGCGACGAAGACCUCGCUCGUCUUCGAGACACCUGGAACGCCUGGAACGGCAAAGCGAGAAAGCUACUUGACCAGGGUUCUCGCAUCGAAAACCUCUGGUGGCGACGCUGGCACAUGGAUCGGCGUCACGGACUCGUACAACAUGCGUCGCCCUCCCUCAACUCUCCCCAUCCCGACCUCUACGGCUUGCACGCGAGUGUCGAAGCACACGAACGCAGGAAGGCUACCGAGGACCUCGAAACGUUCUUGAGGACCACGCUGCAGCAGGCGCAGCCCACCGCGCAUGCCAGUCUUCCGCCUCAGCCUCCGACGUUCGGCGUCCUCUCUUCCUCUAGCGCUCCGAAGCCCAAUGGAGUCGUCACGUCUCAACCUUCGCCUAACACGCAACAAACCGCCAUCCACGCUCCUCAGCCUCGACUCCCCUACAACCCUUCUCCCGACUGGACCUUUUCUCCCCUUCCCGCCGUCUCCCAGCCGAAUCAGAGUCGCAUCAUCGCGACUCCCUCGUGGACUGCCGUCAUCCCCGAGUCGACAGACCAGGCGCAGUCUUCGUCCCUCCAGCCGCCAAGUUUGCCGGCGCAGGUCUCGCAGCCUUCUCCAGCCACGAUGCCUCCGCCUCCCGCCCCGUUCGGCCUCAACAACUUCUACCACCCUCCGCAGCCUGUCGUGGGCGACCCUGCCGCCGCCGCCGCCGCAGCAGCAGCUCAAGCGGGCGCAUACCCCUUUACUCACCCAGCUAUCCCUCCGCCCAUCCCCUCACCUUCCUUCGCUCUCCCGCCUACCGCAACUCUCUUUUCCGAUCUCCCCUCGGCACUCUCAUCCGCACCGCCAAGCGGCGCUCCUCCGGCCUUCUUCUCGUCGUACGGAAUGUAUCAGCCCGUCAUCGCGCCCUACCCGCGCUUCUUGACGCCCUCGCCCGAACCCAGCGUUCUCGGCGAACUCGAGCUUGACCUAGGUCCGGCAACAGGCGAGUUCUCGUCUGCUUCGGCGUCCGUCUCGGCGGGCGGCGACGACGGGUUGGACCAGGUCUGGCGAGACCUCGAGGGACGAAGUGGGGAUGGCCCGACCGGCUCUUCGGACGGUUUGUUGACGCAAGUCAAGAAGGAUCCGUUCGAAGGGAUGACCUUUGCCCACUUGCGGAGUCGAGCCAACUCGCUCGAGGCGGUCGACCGCGAUGCGGCGGUCAAGUACCACAACCCCUAUGCGAAUGGUGGGGACCAGAUUGCGGAUGCGGUGAGACAAGUCGAGGAGGCUGCGUUGUUGGCUGCGAAUGGGGGAGGAGUUGGAGCGAAGGGGAAGAAGGGGAAGAGGAAGGCGGAUGCGGUCGGUGGAGGGGGGAAGAAGACGAAGGCUGCGAUGGGCGAAGGCGACUUUGAUGGGUUUGGCGUACCAGCGGCUUCGACCUCGACGGUGCCGAUCAAGGCGGGCGGGAAGAAGAACCGGAAUCCGCACUCGACGCAGUUGCCUGGGAACGGUCAGCGGCGGUUAGUGAAGGAAGAGGCGGGCGAUGGACAUGAUGGACCGGUCUGCUCGCAUUGUGGGAGCAUCACGACGCCGCUUUGGCGACGAGGACCGGACGAUGAGCUGCUGUGCAACGCAUGCGGUCUCUACCUCAAGCUGCACUCGAAGCCGCGACCGAAGACGUUCGGCAAGUCGAACGCCUCGAAGCGGUCGUCGAACGGUGCAGCCGCUCAAGCGGCGGCGAGCGGCGUUCCGCCCAGCUGCAGCAACUGCGGCGCGACGAGUACGCCCAUGUGGCGAAAGGACCAGGAGGGCAGGCUGUGUUGCAACGCUUGCUCGCUAUACUACAAGCUGCAUAAGGUCAAUCGCCCGGCGUCGUUGGCGCAGAAACGACAAGCGGCAGCUGCGGCGAAGGCGAAUCUCGCAGCGUCUGUCGCGGCUGUCGCCAAAACUGGCGGCGCAGGGUCGCCGUCGGACGGGUACAACUCUGGCGCCGGUUCGCUCGCAUCGAGCCACCUCCCUACCCCUGCCGCGUCUACGGAAGUCACGCCUGCGUCGACUACCGGCACUCCUGCCUCCGCACCGCCGCAAACACCGAUGCCGCCGUCCUUCCUGUCGCCCAAUCCCGGUGAACAGGCCGCAGCGCCUCCCCCUCCGCAGCAGCUGCCGCCUAUCCCUCCUGCACCUCCGCCUCACCUCAUGCAUCACCCGCCGAUCUGGCCUCCCCAUCCUUUCGCCCCGCCAGCCUACCUCCCUCCCGGCAUGAUGCCCCCUCUCCCGCCUCAGCCAGGCCAGCAGAAGUUUAUGCUCCCGCCUGCUAUGCCUCCCCAGGCUCUGCCCGGCAGUCCGUUCGCACAGACGGCGUGGGGCGCGCUGGCGUACGGGAUCGUGUCGGCCGCUGCGGCGGAAGAAGCUGGCGUCGGAGGCGUUCCCGGUCAGGCUGGUCCUGAUGGGAUGCCCAACGGCGCUCCAGCGCAGCCGCCACCGCAGCAGAACGGCUCGAACGGCGCCGGAUGA